AUGCCAAAGAAAGGAAGGAAAGGCUCGCGUCCAGCACCGCAGCAUAACGACUCGCUCCGUAGAGACAUCGAGGCGAAUCGAGAUGCUGCCGCCGAACCAGGUGUCAUCGAUCCCUUUGUAGACGACGACGGAUUCGACAUUGCAGAUGAGCUACUCGCCGCACUGGACGCAAGGGACGCCCAGAACGCCGCAACCACUUCCAGCAGUAGCACCCAAAAGCCAGCUCCCGCCGCAAUCCCCGUGACGAAAUCGGAUUCGACGCAUUCCGGAGGCAUUCGAGGAGCAGGUGAACGACUCAUCAACGGUCUGCGGCAUCACCACUCCGACGAAGCCGAAUCCGCCAACCCAGAUGCCCACGCGCCCGAUACAACCGCUGUUUCUACCAGUCCAAAUACCGGUCGUCGAUCCAGCAUUCGCAAACUCUUCAGCAGCAGUCCCAAGACGCCCGAGUCUGCGGCAUCGCCACCACCACUAGACUCUGCUGCUGCUGCAACCAAGAAGAAACCCAGCCGGCAACAGCAACGCAAAGAUCGAAAGGCGGCGGAGGCCGCAGAAGUUCGAAGGCAGGCGGAAGAAGAAGUGAAGCUCGGAUCGAACAAACCGGACGAAGCGGCUCUCGAACGACAAGGCAUCACGGCCAUGUGUUCCGCCUUGGGUGUCAAGAUGCACGAGAUCACUCCGGACGGACACUGCCUCUACGCGGCCGUUGCCGACCAGCUGAACCUUCGACGACCGCACAACCCACCUACGGACUACAAGUCAGCGCGUACCGCAGCAGCGCGCGAAAUGCGCACCCACCCAGACACCUACAAACCCUUCAUCUCGGACUCGGACGAACACAUGGCCGGCAUCAUCAACAAGGAAGCCGGAACCUUGAACAGCGAUCAGGCGCAAGAAAAGUACUUUUUGGACUACUGCGAUGCCGUGGAGAAGACGGGCGUGUGGGGUGGUCAACCCGAGAUCCUGGCGCUGUCGAGGGCGUUCGGUGCGCAGAUCAAUGUCGUCAUGGCCGGAAGACCGGUGUUGAAGGUAGGCGAGGGAGAGUACGAGGAGGACGCGGGGAAGGCCUUGUUGAUUUCGUACCAUAGGAAGAUGUACGGGUUGGGAGAGCAUUACAACUCUUUGCGACCGGCAGAGGGUGCGUGA